GUUUAAACAAACUAGAAACGUGACUAAAAUUCAGAUGACGAGAGGUUUAUCUACAAGAAAAGAGAAACACUGUCAUUGCUGCUUGCUCUGUAAACCUAAACCCUCUUUCUCUCAUUUUUUCACAGUUAGUCUUUUUCUCCCAAAAAAGGAAAAAUGCUUCUCCAAACUUGUCUGCAAAACCCCAAUGUCUCAUCAGUCUCCCUUUCCUCUUCCCUUUCCUACUCUCGUUCUCUCCCAUCUAGAAAUCCCACUUGUGCCCUCCGCCAAUCCCUAAACUAUCACAGCUUUUCAGUCUCCUGCUCCAUAUCCCAAGUCCAUAGCUAUGGCACUGUGGACUACGAGCGUCGCCCCUUAAUGAAAUGGAACGCCAUAUACAAGAGGAUUUCUCUUAUGGAGAAUCCUGAACUUGGUUCUGGCAGUGUUUUGAACCAGUGGGAGAAGGAGGGAAAGGUACUCUCUAAAUGGGAUCUUUGUAGGGUCGUCAAAGAAUUGAGGAAGUACAAGCGUUUUGAGAGAGCUCUUGAGGUGUACGAGUGGAUGAACGGUCGAGUAGAGAGGUUCAGAUUGUCCUCUAGUGAUGCUGCAAUUCAAUUAGAUUUAAUAGCCAAAGUUCGGGGGAUUGCAGUAGCUGAAAGUUUUUUUUUUAGUCUAUCGGAAACUUCAAAAGACAGGAGAAUAUAUGGCGCUCUGCUCAAUGCCUAUGUUCGUGGUAAAAUGAAAGAAAAGGCAGAAUCUUUGCUUGAUCAAAUGAGAACUAAAGGUUAUGCUUCACAUUCUCUUCCCUUUAAUGUGAUGAUGACACUAUAUAUGAACCUCAAGGAUUAUGAGAAGGUUGAGUUAAUGGUUUCAGAAAUGGUGAAGAAAAACAUUCGAUUAGAUAUAUACUCCUACAAUAUAUGGUUAUCCUGUCGUGGAUCACAAGGAUCUGCAGAGAAGAUGGAAGAAGUAUUUGAACAGCUGAAAACAGAUAAAUCCAUCAAUCCCAACUGGACCACAUUUAGUACAAUGGCUACAAUGUAUAUCAAGAUGGGGCAAAUCAGGAAGGCUGAGGAAUGUUUGAGGAAGGUUGAGAGUAGAAUCACAGGUCGGGAUCGGAUCCCUUAUCACUACCUUUUUAGUCUUUAUGGUAGCAUUGGUAACAAAGAAGAGAUUUAUAGGGUGUGGAAUGUUUAUAAAUCAAUAUAUCCCAAUAUUCCAAAUUUGGGCUACCAUGCAAUUAUCUCUUCUCUACUCAGAAUAGAUGAUAUUGAAGGAGCAGAAAAGGUUUACAAGGAAUGGUUGCUGGUCAAGUCAACUUAUGACCCUAGAAUAGCAAAUCUGUUCAUGGUUUAUUAUACUAAGCAAAGAAAUUUGGAGAAAGCUUUAAAUUUUGUUGACCACGUUGUUGAAGUGGGAGGAAAACCCAAUUCAGCCACAUGGGAGACUCUUGCUGAGGGGCAUGCUGGAGAGAAGAAAAUUUCCGACGCUUUGUUUUACUGGAAAAAAGCUUUUGCGGCUGAGGGUUCAAAGAAUUGGAGGCCAAAACCUGUUAACGUAUCUGCUUUUCUUGAUUUAUGUGAGCAAGAAGGUGAUCUCGAAAAUAAGGAGGUUUUGGUGAAAUUGAUGAGAGAUUCAGGCAAUUUGCGAGGUGAAUGGUAUGCGUCAAUUACCGGUUUAUCCCCUGAAGCUAACAGUGGAAUAGCAUCACAGGAAGGUAGUUUUAGUACAGAUGACAAUGAGGACGAGUCUGAAAUGGCUCUCAACCAAUUAUAGGGUAUCGUUGAAAUGAUUCGUACUACUUUAUUCCUUGAAAAUUCUACCAUGGAUCGUUUCAGGGAUGUAUUAUAUGCUGUGAGAUGCAUUCCUUGAUGAGGGCUGUCACUUCUUUUUUAAUAAUGGUAACUUGGUUGGCACCUGGGUUACAUUCUUCUUGUAGAAUACCCUAGCCAGGUAUGCAAAAAGGGACCCUUACUAAACUGCCAUUUAAUAAGUGGAAGGCUGAGCUUUGCUCGGGGAGUAACUUGUACUAGCAUCUCUUUGGCCUCUCUCAGUAUCUGUAUCCAUUGCUUAUUGUCUCUAUGUAUUUCUCUUGUAGUUUAUGGAAAUGUAACUUUUGGACUGUC